GUUUCAGUAGACGGAGAGGGAGAGGAAAAAGCAAAAGUACGCUUUAAACUAGACCUAUUAGAAAUAUUUAUCUGCGGAAUCAGAACAUCAUAAUGUCAGAAGACUAUCAUGGCUCCAGGUAAAAAGGACAAAAAGAGUGGAGAUAAACAAAGCAAGAGAGAUACCACAGACAAGUCUAACUUGGAUGAAGCAUGGACAGUAGAAUUCUAUCGUGCUCAAAUAAGAGACCUGGAAGAACGACUGGAAAAGUACCAGCACAAAUGUGAUGAGUUGGAGAUUCACGAGAGAGACUUCAAUUCCAAGUACAGCCAUGCAGAGAAAGAAAAGAGAGACAUCGUCCUGUACCUGAAAAGGGCAGUUGCACAGAAGGAGGAUGAACUAUCAGAUCUCUCAGAAAGACUGAUCUCCCUCAACCAGAGUAAAGAGGCUGAGAAGGAGACCUUUGAGCUGCAGCUCAGUCAAUUACGACAAGAGUUCCAGGAGGUCAAAGACAAACUCACCUCAGAGAAUAUAGUUCUUGCUGGGAAACUAGCUGCAUUGGAAGAAUUUCGAACCCAGAAGGAGGACUUGAUGGCACAGCUUGUCUCCCAUAAAGAGCAACUGCAAAAACAAAGAGAAGAGCACCAAGCCAUCAUUUACAACCUUGAAAGAAAGGCGGUGCUGGACAAUGACAGGUUGAAGAGGGAGAUGCAGCAGCACGUAUCAGCGGUGGCGGCAGAGUUCCGACGCGUGUCGGACAGGAAGAUGCCCGAGACCACCAUGAGGGCCAUCCACGAGAACGUGGCCGUCACCGCCCAGCUCAAGCAGCUGUCGGACAAGAGCAAAGUGCUGCUGGAGGAGAACCAGGCGCUCAGGCAGAGGGAGAAGACACUCAAGCAGGAAGUGAAGGUGCUUGAGCCUCUUCUGGAUGAGAUGACCAGGAAGAGCUUGACCAAUGAGAAGGUGGUCCAUCAGCUGAAAGACAAGUGCAAACAGAUGAGCGGUGAGCUGAAGGCGGCGGGCAGCAUUCAUGAGGAAUAUCAGCAGCUGCAGAGCCGUCAUGCCUCUUUACAGACAGAGAUGGAUCUCUUAAGGGAGAUGCUGAUGAGGCACCAGGAGCUGUGUGUGAGGCACCAGGCGGAGGUAAGUGGCCUGACAGAGGAGCUGCAGCAGGAGAGGACCAAUAGAGGACACCUGCAGACCAUCCUACAGGAGGCCGCUACAGCUCUCACAGACAUCCUCAAGGAUGUCCCGGCGGAGGAGGACUCGGAGAUGAUGGCUAUGGCUCGGCGGAGUCAGAUGCUGAAGAGGCUGCUGACCGUGCUGGACACAGCGGCAGCAGUGGGGAGAGGCACCGACUUCUCAGACUUCAUCAGGCAGAAACAUGUCUGUACACUCGACUCAGACAACGCAAGGCUUAACUCAGCUUCUCCUCUGGCAAAAGCUUCAGGUCAAUUGUCUCACUUCAAGACUGGUGUCCUUGGGAUUGUCCCACCUCUUAAACUCAACAGCUCUGUGAAAAAGGACCACGUCUCCGUGGCCACCAGGACCUCGAAACCACUGAAGUGAGUCAUGUGAAAAUGCCAAGAAUACACAAAAAUAAAGUUUUGUCUUUUAACCAAUGUAA